AUGACUGCUGUGUUCCACCUCUGGUAUCUGAUAGUGACCAUGAAUAUGACGAUGAUAUUAACGAGAAUGAGUGGAACGAUGAUGAAGACGACAGCGGCGAGGAAGAAGAAAUGAACAUGUUAACUGGGGAUGUAGUAUGUCUGUUUUGCCCACUUGUUGAGCCAUCUGUAGAAUCACUCCUAUCACAUUGCAACAAAGUCCACAGUUUUGACUUGGUCGAGAGUUGCCUGAAAUGGUCCAUUGAUUGUAUUAGUUACAUUAAAAUGAUCAACUAUAUUCGACAGAAGACGCCAACUGUCGAAGCUGUAGAAGUUGGGAUGGCCUGCCAUGGGUCAUUAUGGUCCAAUGAUCUUUACAUGAAGGCUUUUGAUUCUGAAGAUCUGAUGCUUCAGUUUGAUAUUGAAUGGGCCCAAUCCCACUUAAGUCAAGGACUGACAGAUGAAUCAAAGCACAAUGGUAACUCUAAUCAGAAUCUUCACCAUUCUGAGGAGGAAGAUGUCUCGGAGUCCAAGGCUGUGGCCGCGCUAGUUGCUUGUGUUCAUCGGACAGAGGCUGACCGUGAUCUGCUCAGGGAGGAGCUGGAUAGAGCACUGGAGGAUAUCCGGAGAUUGAAAGUAGUCGGUCAGCAGUUAGUGAUGGGUGCAGACGACAAGAAGCUGGGAACCAGACUGGCCGCUGCUAAUCAAGAUUCUUUAAGUGAGGAAGAUGGAUAUUUUGCUUCCUAUGGCCAUCACGACAUUCACAUGACUAUGCUGAAGGACAGAGUUCGGACAGAAAGCUACAGGGACUUCAUCAUGAAGAAUCCUCAGUUGUUUCAAGGGAAAGUGGUCUUGGAUGUUGGAUGUGGCACUGGAAUCUUGUCCAUGUUUGCGGCUAAGGCUGGAGCACAACAUGUGGUGGCCGUUGACCAGUCAAGUAUCAUCUACCAAGCCAUGGACAUUGCUAGAGAAAACGGUUUGCAUGACAAAAUCACAUUUGUCAAAGGCAGGCUCGAGGAUGUGACAUUGCCAGUUGAGAAGUUUGAUAUUAUUAUAUCCGAAUGGAUGGGCUACUUUUUGCUGUUUGAAGCCAUGCUGGACUCUGUACUCUGGGCCAGAGAUCGAUACCUCGCUCCAGGUGGCUGUGUCUACCCAGAUCACUUCUCAAUGUUCGUUGUUGGUGUGAGCGACUUGGACUUGAGGAAAUCUAAGAUUGAAUUCUGGGAUGAUGUGUACGGCUUUAAAAUGUCUUGCAUGAAAUCAUCUGUGAUUGAUGAAGUGUAUGUCAAGUUGAUCAGAAAGGAGACUGUUGUUACAGAGCCAGCCCUCGUUAAGGAGAUCGAUGUGAUGACAUGCAGUGUGAAAGAUCUGGAAUUUUCUACAGAGUUUUCUCUCAAGUGCCAGGCAGACGCUGACAUCACUGCAGUUGUUGGUUACUUUGAUACAGACUUUGCUGCUGCUUGCCAAACUAAG